CCAAUUCCUUUUUCCUUAAUUUCUCAGCCAUUAAUCGUCGUCUCUUUCUCUGUCCUAGGGUUUUCUCCAUCUCUCUCUGCCCAAGCAAGCUCGAUUCGGUAUGGACAAUCACACAUCACCCUCCAUAGACGCGCACCAACCUUCAUCUUCUUCCACUCAGCUCAAUUUCAAUCCCAAAACCCCAUCGCGGACCAAUCUCGUUGUUUCCGGGAUCAAUUCCGCCUCACCGUCGAGGACUAUCUACGGAGACCGUUUCAUUCCGAGUAGAUCUUCCUCAAAAUUUGAGCUUUUCAAUGUUUCUCUGCCGCCGCAUUCCUCCUCUGAAGAUUCCAGCAAUGCCUAUACUACGCUGUUGCGGGCGGCGUUGUUUGGUCCUGAUUCCGGGGCGGUUUUGCCUCCUUUGACGCCGGAGAGCUCUGGCCGUAAUUUGCACAGUAAUUCUCUGAAUUGCAAUAUAUUCCGGUACAAAACUGAGACCCGGAAGUCUGUGCAUUCUUUGUUCCCUUUUGGGUUUGAUGAUCAGGUCCCUGGUGUUAGUCCUAGCCCUGUGAAGGCUCCCAGGAAGGUGCCUAGAUCUCCUUUCAAGGUAUUGGAUGCGCCUGCAUUGCAAGAUGAUUUUUAUCUAAACCUUGUGGACUGGUCUUCUCACAAUGUUUUGGCUGUUGGGUUGGGGAAUUGUGUAUAUUUAUGGCAUGCUUCCAGUAGCAAAGUAGUAAAGCUGUGCGAUUUGGGAAUUGAUGAUAGUGUCAGUUCGGUUGGAUGGGCACAGCGUGGUACACAUCUUGCAGUCGGAACUAGCAAUGGAAAAGUCCAGAUAUGGGAUGCAUCUCGGUGUAAGAGAAUAAGAACCAUGGAGGGACAUCGAUUACGAGUUGGGGCACUAGCUUGGAGUUCUUCUGUGUUGUCUUCGGGAAGCCGUGACAAGAGCAUUCUUCAACGUGAUAUACGAGCUCAAGAUGAUUACGUCAGCAAGCUAAGUGGUCACAAGUCAGAGGUAUGUGGACUGAAGUGGUCGUAUGACAACCGUGAAUUGGCAUCUGGUGGAAAUGAUAAUAGACUUUUUGUAUGGAACAACCAUUCGACACAACCUGUGCUGAAAUAUUGUGAGCACACUGCUGCUGUAAAAGCAAUUGCAUGGUCACCCCAUCUUCAUGGACUUCUUGCUUCUGGUGGUGGCACAGCUGACCGAUGCAUUCGUUUCUGGAAUACUGCCACUAAUACUCAUUUGAAUUGCAUGGACACUGGUAGCCAGGUUUGCAAUCUUGUAUGGUCUAAGAAUGUGAAUGAAUUGGUCAGCACACAUGGGUACUCCCAGAACCAAAUAAUAGUUUGGAGAUAUCCUACAAUGUCAAAGAUAGCAACCUUGACAGGGCACACGUAUAGGGUCCUGUACCUAGCCAUCUCACCUGAUGGUCAGACAAUUGUGACUGGAGCAGGAGACGAAACACUCCGCUUCUGGAAUGUGUUUCCUUCCCCUAAAUCUCAGAACACGGAGAGUGAAAUCGGAUCAUCUUGUCUUGGCAGAACUCAAAUCCGGUGACUAUCUUCCUCAAAUUUUUUCCCCACUUCAUUAUAGAGAAUCUAAAGCUUUUGUUCUAUUCACCUGGAGGGUGUAUAACUUAAACAAGGGAAAAGCUCAAAGGCUUCAACCUCAGAGGUGACCAUCUCUGUCACCUUCCCAAAUACUACUGUUUUUUGACUCUACCCUUUGGAUCAUCAUCAACACUGUACAGUGGGAGAAGUUAUCAUCAUCAAACCUCAUUAACUUUUCCCUGACUUUCUGUAAAAUAGCCAUUGAGAAAGAGAGAGAGAGAGAGAGAGAGAGAGUUGGUAUUGUACGGAUCAUCAAUACGUAGCACUGUUGAGUGCUAUUCUUUUGUAAGUAAGUUAUAUACUUAAUGACUGCUGAACCAUACUAUUGUAAUAAUUUUAUAAUAACACCAGAUUUCAUUGAAAA